AGAGUAUUCUGUGGUAAGGGCCCGGGUGAUACAUAUGCAUAUAAUAAUUUUUGAUCAUGAGUUUGGCCUAAUUGAUUAUAGGGAUAUUUGACCCAUGCCUCGAAGGCUUACGUCGAGGACGCUAACGCUCCGUCCCCUAUAUCGGAAGCUGCUGAUAUGGUUACCGAGCUUUUGCUUUCCGCCUCGGGAGAUUUCUCACCCCAGAAUGAAAGCUCUAUUAGAAACCUAGUGGAGAAGUUCAUAUCUUCGCUGAGCGCUUCUGAUGACGUCGACGGGGAGCGCCGGCAGAUGCCAUUCACUGCCAAAAAGUUGGAUCAGGCCAUCAACGUUGGCUCCCAGAGGAACGUUUCCUCGACUCUAGGCCUUGCUGGAGGUAAUGUGGACCUGGAGUCCGCCAACUCUAGGAAGGUGGAGUCUCGUGUAGACCGAAAGAAGCUCGAGAAGGCAGAACGUAAGAUUCGUGCCAAGCAGGAGAAGAAACAAAUGAAGACCGUGCAGUAUGAAUCGUCACGUCUUCUGAACCAACCGGACAGUACCAUGUCCUACGAAGAAUUCUUUAUGGCUGUCAAUCCUCUCCAGUUGGGUUCCGACUCACAGGCCAAGAGCAAGGAUAUCAAGGUCGACAGUAUCGAUAUUUCUGUCGGUGGCCUCCGUAUCCUAACUGAUGCCUCUCUUACUCUGGCCUAUGGGCGUCGGUAUGGUCUCGUGGGUCAAAACGGUAUCGGUAAAAGUACCCUUCUGCGGGCGUUGAGCCGCAGAGAGGUGGCUGUUCCUAGCCAUAUAUCAAUUCUUCACGUCGAGCAAGAAAUCAUGGGCGAUGAUACCCCUGCCAUCCAAGCAGUAUUGGAUGCCGACGUGUGGCGCAAACGCCUGCUGGCCGAUCAAGAUGUUAGUAUCCCAUCUCUGUUAUCGACUUUGCCUGCAUAUGCGUGUUAACCUUCUACCACAGAAAAUCUCGAAACAGCUGGCUUCCCUCGAAGCGGAAAGAUCCUCAAUGGCAGACACCUCGAAAGAUGCAGCCAGACUGGAUCAUGAGAGAGAGGGCCUUGAUAUCACCCUGAGUGAUAUUCAUUCCAAGCUUGCAGAGAUGGAGUCGGACAAAGCAGAGUCUCGUGCGGCCAGUAUCUUGGCGGGUCUUGGUUUCUCGCCUGAAAGACAGCAAUUUGCGACGAAGACCUUCUCUGGUGGUUGGCGUAUGAGAUUGGCUCUCGCCCGAGCUUUGUUCUGCGAACCAGACUUACUUCUGCUGGAUGAACCGUCCAACAUGUUGGAUGUUCCGUCCAUUACGUUCUUGUCCAAUUAUCUCCAGUCUUAUCCUAGCACCGUGCUGGUGGUUUCGCACGAUCGAGCCUUCUUGAACGAGGUUGCUACAGAUAUCAUGCAUCAGCACUCCGAGAGACUCGAUUACUACAAGGGCGCCAAUUUCGAUUCCUUCUAUGCGACGAAGGAGGAGAGGAAGAAGAAUGCGAAGCGUGAAUACGAGAAGCAGAUGGCUGAACGGGCACACCUGCAAGCGUUUAUCGACAAAUUCAGGUACAACGCGGCCAAGUCGUCCGAGGCACAAUCGAGAAUCAAAAAGCUCGAGAAGAUGCCCGUCUUGGAAGCCCCCGAGGCCGAUUAUGUGGUUCAUUUCAAAUUCCCAGAGGUCGAGAAACUAUCUCCUCCCAUUGUGCAGAUGUCCGAGGUUGCCUUUGGAUAUACCAAAGACCGCCCCCUUCUUAAGAAUGUUGACCUUGACGUUCAGCUUGAUUCCCGUAUCGGCAUUGUUGGACCUAACGGUGCCGGUAAGACAACUGUGUUGAAGCUCCUCACAAACCAGCUCCAACCCACCUCUGGUCUUAUCUCGCAAAAUGCUAGGCUGCGAGUUGGAUUCUUCGCCCAGCAUCACGUGGAUGCGUUGGAUCUCACUACUAGUGCGGUGAGCUUCAUGGCAAAGACAUACCCUGGAAAGACGGAUGAGGACUACCGGAGACAUCUGGGCGCCUUCGGUAUCACUGGCAUGACAGGUCUCCAGCGAAUGGAACUCCUGUCCGGAGGUCAAAAAUCUCGUGUCGCUUUCGCCUGCUUGUCCUUGACGAACCCUCAUAUUCUCGUGCUCGACGAACCGUCCAAUCACCUUGAUAUCGAAGGUAUGGACGCAUUGUCCGAAGCUUUACAGAACUUUGAAGGAGGUGUUGUCAUGGUGUCUCACGACGUGACGAUGCUGCAGAAUGUCUGCACUAGUCUCUGGGUGUGUGACAACGGCACGGUGGAGAAAUUCGAUGGCACUGUCAAUGCCUACAAGAAAAAGAUCAGUGCGCAGGCCAAUGAAGCUGGUGUUGCGGUAGCCCACUAAUCAGACCGUUCCUUGGUCGUUAUAUCUAUCUCUGGAAUAAGCCCUUAGGCUGGUGGUCAAUGUGAAAUACCUCAUCACUUCAUUUCAUCACGCAUGAAUCUCAGUAUAAUCUGUUGUACGGAGUA